ACCAGCAACAACACCCUGACCAAAGAGAAAGACCAGCUACAGACCAGUUUCAACACCCUGACCAAAGAGAGGGACCAGCUACAGACCAGUGGAAACAAUCUGACUGAAGAGAGAGAGCAGCUCAAGACUAGCAACAACACCCUGAUCAAAGAGGGAGACCAGCUACAGACUCGCAACAACACCCUGACCAAAGAUGGAGACCAGCUACAGACGAGCAACAACACCCUGAUCAAAGAGAGAGACCAGCUUCAGAAAGAGAUAGAACAUUUCACAGAGAGAAACCAGUUGACCUGUUCCAACACCCUGACUGAAGAGAGGGACCAGCUACACACCAGCAACAACACCCUGACCAAAGAGAAAGACCAGCUACAGACCAGUUUCAACACCCUGACCAAAGAGAGGGACCAGCUACAGACCAGUGGAAACAAUCUGACUGAAGAGAGAGAGCAGCUCAAGACUAGCAACAACACCCUGAUCAAAGAGGGAGACCAGCUACAGACUCGCAACAACACCCUGACCAAAGAUGGAGACCAGCUACAGACGAGCAACAACACCCUGAUCAAAGAGAGAGACCAGCUUCAGAAAGAGAUAGAACUUCUGAAACAAUCUUUAGUUGAGAAAGGAUGGAAGAAGCUUGGUAGCAGUUGUUACUACGUCUCCACUGAGUACAAAUCCUGGAAGGAAAGCAGAGAGGACUGCAGAAAUAGAGGAGCAGACCUGGUGGUCAUCAAGAGCCAAGAACAACAGACAUUAGUCAAUUGGUUAUGUGGACGAAAUAACUAUGUCUGGAUUGGUCUGACUGACUCUGUUUCUGAGGGGACCUGGAAAUGGGUGGACGACACACCACUGACCACAAAGUAUUGGAACAGUAAACAGCCUAAUGGUGGUGGAGCACAGAACUGUGUGUAUUUCUACUCCUGGUCAUCAGACAGAGGAGAAUGGUGGGACUAUGACUGUUCCUAUAAAUACAGAUGGAUCUGUGAGAAAUAG